UUAAAAUAAUAAUGUAAAACAUAUCUGUAGGCUUUUUAGUAACUAUUUGAAUGAUGUUUUAGUCCAAUGCAUGUUGGUUGAACGCUUUGACACCUUGAACGUGAAAGUGAGUGGUUCAGUGAGUGUCUCCGCCUAGAACAUCACAGAGCUGAUGAACGCAGCAACGUUCUUUUUCAGAACCAUGGUGAGCGCAUUGUGAUGCUGUCCCUUCUACUCCUACUCAGAGCCAUUGAUACAGUAUUUUCUAAAUGGUUAUACUCCUACUGUUCUCUAAACAAUUUUUUCAUAGUUUACAAUUGUAUAAACUCCCAAAUCAUGCUCAAAAUUCAAUUUAAUUGAUGUCACUGUUGAGUGUUUUUUAAUCAGUUUGAUAAACAUGUUUGUCCCAUUGUGACAUAGCCAACCAUGACUUAUGGAAGAAUUUGACGUAUUAAUGGUCCCUAUAAAACCCUGUAAUUCUAAGAAAGAAUUGUCAGAUGGUUUUGAACUCAGUCAAAAUCACUGCAGUAUGUAGAGCGAUAAUGAGUAGGUCUAUGUUCAGUCGUUUGUUGACAGCGACCCCGCUGAGAUUCCUCCGCGAGAGGCCACUUCUGAGUGCAGCUGGCCUGUUGUUUGCAACCGGUUCGGCAGUCUACUUUUAUAGCAAAUAUUACGGUAUCGGUGAGGAUGCACUGGCCACCGUGGAGAGCGUGGACCGUGUUGUCACGGUUGAGGAGGAUAAUGAGCCCACCCUGGACCAGGAGGACCCAGUCCUUGUUCAGCCAACAUAUUACCUUACCCAUGCUGGGAGGAUGCUGGUGAGAGAGCUGGCAGUGUUAAACACGCAGAUAGCUAGGAGGAUGGUAUGGAAUGAACUGUCCUCUCAAAAUGAACAGUAUGUGGAUGAGGAGGUUGGGCACCGGUCCUGUCUGGCUUUAAUCCCUUGGUCUGGACCCUUGUGUGUUCCUAUCUUUCCUGUCAUCUCCAAGGCCAAACCAGUCUACUACCUCACUCGUGCUGGGAGAAUGCUGGUAACAGAGCUUGCAGUGUUAAACACACAGACUUCCAAAUUGGUUAUUGAGGAGCCUACCAUUCACCUCACUGAAGCUGGGAGGCUAGUGCUUGACGAACUGUCAGCACCUUCAGAUAGCCAUUCACAGCCAAAUAGGGAAGACUCUGGUUUUCCCUAUGAGAAGUUGCAGCUGGUUGGGAACUGGGGUUCGUUUUAUUUCCAUUACUGGAAGAUCCAUUAUGGACGAGUGCAGGUACUUCAGACAUAUUCUUAA